GUACUAUUGUGUGAUACAUUGUAUCUGCUGCCUGCUUUUACCUCCUAUAGAUGCAUAGGCCAGCAGAACACACAGAGAUCUCUGCAUUCUCCUGCAACCUGCACCUAUAGAUGUACAGGGGAAAGCCACAGCAGGGGGAAGGCACAGAGACAGCUGGAGACCCGGCCUAGGAGAGAUGUUGGAUCACUGAUGGUUUCAUGUGUAGCUGAUGAAUGGAAGGCAGAAGUCCCUAUAGAAUAUAUGAUCCAGGUGGCACCAUCCCCAAUCGCCUUUCUGCAUUGAGGGAAAGCAUGGAAGGAAUCCUAAACCUGGGUGAGCUGUUGGAGGAAUCCCAGAAUGUGGCCCUCAACCUCCGACAGAAAGCAGAAGCUCUGGUGAAGGACAACCAGGACUUACAGUCCACGUCUCGCCCUGAUCAGCAGGCACCAUGCCCUAACCCGGUGGACACAGUGCAGGAACCGGCAGAAGAUUUCUUGCAUGUUGAGAUGACGGACAUGAAGAUUGCAGAGUCUGGUGGUAACUUCAAGAACAACCAAAAAACGCCACCGAGUGGCUCGUCCUCGGAAUUUGAAAUCCUGGAUCAUAGUGAAAAAAAAACCCCUCUAGAAAGCAGGCAGUCGGAUCCCGGCCUCAACGUUCAGCAUGAGGAGGAAAAUCUACAUCAUCACCUACAGCGUAUGGAGAAUUCUCUCAGUUUGUUUGCUGAGGAACCCGACCGGAACAGGCUUCUUAAUCACAUGAGUCGCAUGGCCUUGGAGUUUAACCGGUUGGCAAAUAAAGUUAACAAGAACGAGCUAAAGACUUCUGUAUUACAGACCUUGUGUGAACAGCUGAGGAAGGAGAAUGAGGACUUGCGGUCUAAGCUGGAGGCGGACUGGAACCAGAGGAGUCAUGCUGAGCAGGCCUUGAGAUAUGAGAAUCUGGAGCUGAAAAUGUUGAUUCUGGACAGAGGGAAAGCGGCAGCGACGGCAGCACCGGCGGAUAAGCCUCCAGCAGUGGGGAGCACAAGCGGCGUGGAGAACGCUACACACCAGCAGGCAGCCAUAUUGCUUGAAAAGCCAACAAAUAAAGAUCAAAGCGUCGCCCUGUUAAAGAAAGUGAAAAUUCUAGAACAUCAGAGGACGGAGCUCCUGGAUGUAAAUAAACAGUGGGAUCAACAGUUCCGUGCCAUGAAACUUCAGUAUGAAGAAAAGAUCACAUCUCUGCGGCAGAAGCUUUCUCAAGCAGCCAAGAGUGAGUCUGAACAGGAGUCUGAAAGAGACCGGAAGCAGCGAGAUUUUGACCGGAAACUACUUCUGGCCAGGGACAAAAUAGAGGAAAAAGAGUCACAAAUCCAAACACUGGAGUCUGAGAUAAGGGAUCUGAAACAGAAGAAUAAGUUUCUACAUGACCAGCUGGGUUCCACCUCCAAACAGCGCGAUUACCAAGAGCGAGAGAUCAGCCGACUGAAUAAAGCACUUGAAGACAUUAUAAAGGUGCAGGGAUCCAGCCCUCGUUCUCCUUCCUUCACCUUCUCCGCAGAGGACACGGGACUGCUUCAGCGCCAGGAACUCAUUACUCAGAUCGAUCUCCUCAAACAACAGGUGUCGGUCUUUGAAGAGGACUUUAAGAGGGAACGUAGCGACCGAGAACGUAUGAAUGAAGAAAAGGAGGACCUGAAACAGCAAGUGGUGCAGCUGCAAACACAACUGGCGCAAGUCAAAUCUCAGUUGCAUUCAUGCCAGGACAAUUUGCAAAGGGAAAAAGAAAGUUCACAUGAACCAACCAGACAGCAGGCUGUAGGAGAGAGAUACGUCGUAAAUCAUCACAUAAGUCCUGCCUGUCCUCCAUACCAGUAUCCGUACAGCCCACCCGGCCCGGUGUAUCCAGGAUUUGAUGACUGGCAUAUCUACUAUCCACCUCCACUUGUGGCUCCAGAACACAGUCAGGUUCAGGAAUUGGCCAAUGCUCCGCCGCCUGCAUAUGCCUGGAGAUUGCCCAAUGCUCCUCCAAGACUUCAUAAUCCAAAGGACGUAGAGAUGCCCAAAUCUAGAAAGAAGGAGCAUGAUGGACAUAAGAGAGGGGCCCAGAACCCACAAAGGCCAACCUGAGUGGAAGCAAUGGAGGCAGCAACAUUUCCUAAUCUCUUUCUGACCAUACUUACAGCUUUCUGGGUGUGGUGUGGUUCUAUCCAGUCACAUGGUUCAUGAGCCAGCGACAGCUGAUCUCCUUCAAAGUCUGCAAGAAGAGGGAAGGCUGGUCAGGCAUGACCAGACGAGGACAGAGUGCGUUAGGGUGGCUUGGUACUAUGCAGGACACAAUACGGAGACUAGCAUCUAACCUUACAUGUUGUUAGGUGUUAGCGUGACCCUCCUCACAUGGCAAUAGAUUGAUCAUUCAGUUUUAUUAAAUAUGAUUUUAAGUUAAAUACAGUCAUCCGAAUUCUCUAAUUUGAUGUGUAGAAUUCCGUAUUGUGAAAGAGCCUAUGGGGGUCAUUUCGAGUUCGCUAGCAGAUUUCGGUCGCUGCGCAGUGAUCAGGCAAAAAAUCGGCACUUCUGCAUAUGCGGCGCAAUGCGCACGCGCGUCGUACUAUUACAACGAACUAUGUCGUUUCACACAAGGACUAGUGAAGCUUUUCAGGCGCACUGCUGGCCGCAGAGUGAUUGACAGGGAGUGUUCGAAAAAACGCAGGUGUGUCUGGGCGAACGCAGGGCGUGUUUGUGAUGUCAAAACAGGAACUGAAUAGUGUGAAGUGAUCGCAAGCGCUGACUAGGUCUGAAGCUACUCUGAAACUGCACAAAAUUAUUUUGUAGCCGCUCUGCGAUCUUUUCGUUCGCACUUCUGCUAAGCUAAAAUACACUCCCAGUGGGAGGCAGCAUAGUGUUUGUACGGCUGCUAAAAACUGGUAGCGAGCGAACAACUCGGAAUGACCCCCUAUGUACACUUUAUAGCUAAGCCGUACUAAUAUACAAUGAACAUAUAAAAUGUCAUGGGAUGUGGUAUGGUAACUUUAAAACCAGUUUUGUUGUCAUUGAUGUGUGCGUAGCCAUACUGAUGUGACUCUCCUUCACCUUUCCUUUGCACUUGCUCAGUAGUAGCAUUAAUAAUGUCACAUCCCUUUUCUGUACAUAGGACAAAAAUCUCUUUCUGUUGGCUUUUUACUGUAGAGAUGAUUGUCUUAAGCUACUCAUACAUCCUCCAUAUUGAUCGCCACUUUGCACUUAUUUAACAUGCAGAGGCUAGGGGAAUAACUCUGAUGUUUCCAGCAGUACAAAGAAAGAACUCCGAAAAUGUAUAAAAAAUAAAAAAAAAAUCUGACUCACCGUCCCCCCCACAAAAUUGACAUACAUACAUAGGCCCAACAGCGCGGCCUUGGAACUGCAAUGAGGUUUGUGGCACAGGGGAAAUAGAAAAAUGGCUACCUCGCUGGUGCACGUAUGAUGCAGGACAUUGCAAAUCGCCCAGGGUGGUUUGAAGAUCAUACAAAUAAAUCUGUUUGUUUUAA